AUGACGGCACCACACGCACGAGACAUUCCCUUCGACGUCCUCGCCCUCAUCUGCGACAACCUCUCCUACAGUGAAGAUGACAAUGGCUCACGCGCCACCCUUUCUCGCCUCAUGCGCUGCUCUUGGGCCUGCAUGGAAGCAGCAAUGCCCGCGCUGUACCGUCAAUUGGUCAUCCGCGAGACGACAUUCCACAAGCUCGUGCUCGGCAUCCCACUGGGUGAUACGACAGCCGAUCCACACAGUGACAAUGUCGCAAGAGAACGCAAGCUGCGGUGUCUGUCAAGCGCCAGGACCUUGGUCAUUGACUGCUGGCCAGUGGAGUGGGCGAAAAUGGUCAAAAGGCUACGAGCGAGUCUGUUUCCGGCGGUCACCUCGGUAACGUUCACACCGACCGCAUUUCUGGAAGGCGUCGCUGAAGGCUCUCGUGAUAUCUCACCACUGGAAACACUACUGUCUGGCAUCAGACCCCAACGAGUAUGCAUCUCACACCCGACGCCUCGCGAAAUCGACGCAUUCUGCUCCCACCUGGACGGCAGUCUACGCGCCGCCCUACCUGCACCGCUGGGAUUGCCCUCGAGGAUAACAUCGGGCACGGUCAUUGACCUACGGAAGAACAUCACAGCAGCGCUUUAUGAUCUCCCAGAAUGGCUCGGGUCGCUACUGCGACGAUGGGAGCUGGAAGUGCUGAACCUGCACGGUUUCUGCCUCCUCUGUCAUCUUCCUCGCUUUCACGCCCAGCUACUGCGUGUCUUUCCAUUGGACUCCUACCGCAACCACCCAUUCAGCUACACCAAGACACCAGGCCACGACGGGUUCUUCCAACUCCAGAAUUACCCCAACUACUGGCUCCAGGCUGCCAAGCAGCUGAACGAUUUCAAACGCUCUGGAAAUACCCAGGCCGUGGAGCUGGUGGGGGUUGGAGGUAACCUGGAGCUGAAGUGCCGAUGUGUCGUCGAGUACUCUCAGAACAUCUUGGAGAUCAAGGAGCGGAUCUUGGAGUCUAUGGAGGGCAGAGUGGACUUGCGACUGCCGCACUGGUCUGACGCGCAGCCGUGCCAGUGUUGCGGGAAGGUUGUCAAACCAGGGUCGGACCUCGCGUCAGUUGCUGAAACCAAGCUGCAACCACCUUGUAAUAAAGGUCACCGUUGGAUGUUGUACUAG